AGUCAUCAUGAGGUGAUGGCGUACGAUCACCUCUUAAAGGUCUUGCUGAUCGGCGACGCGGGGGUCGGCAAGAGCUCGCUACUCCUGCGCUAUACAGAAGACAAAUUCGACGAGGCGCUCGGGUCCACGAUCGGCGUAGACUUCAAGGUAAAGACGGUCGAGGCUGACGGGAAACGCGUGAAACUGACACUCUGGGAUACGGCGGGCCAGGAGCGUUUCCGAACGCUGACGUCGUCGUACUAUCGCGGUGCGCAGGGUGUCGUUCUCGUGUACGACGUGACCCGGCGCGCGACAUUCGAUGAUCUCCAACGAUGGCUGGAGGAGGUCGACGCGUACGCGCCCGGUGGCGGCGAAGAGGUUGUGAAACUGCUCGUCGGCAACAAGAUCGACCGCGACGUCGUUGUCCCGCGCACCGAGGCCGCAGCCUGGGCCCGCCGCCGGGGCAUGCUCUUCGUCGAAACGUCAGCCAAAGCUGCGGUUGGUGUCACCCAGGCUUUCUGCGAGGUUGUUAACAAGAUCCUCGAAAACCCCGUUCUUGUCGCAGCCACGAUGCCGGGCAGGAAGCGGGCUGGCCUCGCGGGUGCCAGACAGCCUACGGCGCCGGCUGCAUGUUGCUGAGAAUGUCAAGGACUCAUCUCAGAGGUCAACUGUUUGUUGAUCGACCAACAUGAAUCUUUCGUGAGGCAAUGGCGACCUACGACCGUUUACGACGGGCCACCAGCAUCAAUCAUGAUGUCACGAUGAUGUCUAUCGGUAUCUUGAGACUCGGAGUGAACUCGACCGUUGCGCUUGUCCGCCGUCGAACCGAGCACUGCCCCGCCGAAAAGUGCAGUAGCAAGUGGUACGCACAUGACGGAGACGACACUUGGCCCUGCUGAAGCAAUUCACUAUAGAGUAAAGCUAGAGCUGCCUUUGAACCUGGCCACGCAAAAACAAGCUCCCCCAGUGACCCCCACGGUGCCACAGGAGCAGGGUAGAAAUCGAGAUCUGAACUUCAAGUUAACUUUUAACUUUUCCGGCGGCCUGAUCAGUGACUCCGAAACCAAAAGUCCGACUCGGGGUCCUGUGACAUUCAACUUAAAGUCGAAGUAGAAGGGAGGAGGGGGU